AUGUUGUCGCGCCUUUCUCUCGUGUCAUUGAGCCUCCUCGGCUUUUCUGCAUCUGCAGUCGCACAAUUAGCACCAGAGUUGGUUGUGUAUUGGGGCCAAUCGCCAUCGGAACGACCUCUCGCCGAUUACUGCAAACCGGGUGCCGGACCUGAUAUCAUCCCAUUGGCCUUCUUCUCCUCCUACCCAUCCACCGACUGGUUUGGCAAUGUCGACUCCUGCAACCUUACCACUAGCACCACGCAGUCUUCCGAGUGCAAAACCGUAGAGGAGGACAUCAAGUACUGCCAGUCGCAGGGCAAGAAGAUCAUGCUCUCCAUAGGAGGCGGAGGCGGAUCGGUCCAGUUCGACAACAUGACCUCCAUCCAAGACUUGGCGAACCAACUCUGGGGUAUGUUUGGACCUGUACAGGCCAACUACACCGGUCCGCGACCUUUUGGAACCGCAGUGCUAGACGGGUUCGACAUGGACAUUGAGAACCCGGACAGCGCCUUCUCGUACGCCUUCUUUGUCCAGGAGAUGAACCAACUCUUUGAGACAGAUCAUAGCAAGAAGUACUACAUGACGGGCGCGCCGCAGUGUAUUGUUCCUGACGCCAACAUGGGAGACAUGAUGUUCAACGGAAAAUUCGACUUACUUUACAUCCAAUUCUACAACACUCCGCAAUGCUCGGCCCGUGGCGCCAUCAGUGGUUACAACCCCAAGGAUGGAUCGCUGCAAUACUUCUCCUACGAUGCCUUCCAGGAAUUCAUCACGGUAUCCUUCUCGCAGAGCAAGGGAGCAAAGCUGUACAUUGGCUUGCCGGCUAGCCCCGACGCGGCUGACAAUGAUGAGAACUACUUUUUGACCCCAGAUGAGGCGGCAAAACUCAUCAACGAAUACAGAUAUCAUCCUGGUUUCGGAGGCAUUAUGCUCUGGGACGCUGGCUCGAGUGAUCAGGCGGUGACCAAUGGCUGCACUUACAGCCAGGAAAUCCAGUCCAUAUUGAAGACUGGAAGAGUCUGCCCUAAGAAAUACUAG